GUCAUCACUAAAGACAGCAACUUACCACCACAUGUCCUUGUCAUGAUCAGUAGGGGGCUAACUGGGCUAACCAUAAUUUAACUUUUAUGAAAUAAGAAAUGUAGCAAACGAAUUGAGAAUAUACUACUGAAAAAAAGGCGAAAGUUGUUCAGCUUUGGAUGGAUAUGCUGUCUUCGGGACGUGCUCAGACAAUGGGGAAGAUACAGGCUUUUCUUUCUGGUUUAAUCCUUGCAUCAUGUUUUCUGGUAGGCACUGCACAGGAAACAGAAUGCCUGAAUGAAAAUCCACUAUAUGACAUUGUAUUCCUUGUGGAUAGUUCCAGCAGCAUUGGUACUCAAGACUUCCAGGAGGUUAGGAAUUUCAUGCACAAUUUUGUGGAUGCUUUGGAUAUUGACAAUGAAAAGGUAAAGGUUGGCCUUCUUCAGUUCAGCACCGACCCCCACAAAGAGUUUCUGAUAGGGGAAUAUGCAAACAAAGCAGAGCUGAUUAGGAAAAUAAAUGACCUUCCAUACCGAAGGGGAGGCACGUUCAUGGGAAAAGCAAUGGAUUUCCUUAAAGACAGCUAUUUCAAUAGUGAGCAUGGAAGCCGUAUCAAUGAAAAUGUGCCUCAGAUUGUUGUGUUGAUCACAGACGGCCAGUCAUCCGAUGAUAUAAAAGGACCAGCUGAAGAUCUGCGAGAGAAGGGUAUUAUCAUCUUUGCCAUUGGUAUCGGUCCAACUAACAUGACUGAGUUAAAGGCUAUUGCCAACAGACCAUCUGAGCGCUUUGUGGUUAACAUCGCCAAUUACCAAGCACUGCAAGAACUGACAACCACCAUGAAGGAGACAGUGUGCAUCUUGAUGAGGUAUCAGGGCAAAGCCAUUGCCCCAAAGUUUGCUGAUUUAUUUGUCCUGGUGGAUAGUUUGGCCCAGAGAGAAAUACUAGAGAUACAGAAACUUCUCACCCUACUGGCUGAGCAGCUCAAUGUGGGUGACGGAUCUCAUAAGAUUGCACUGGCUCAAUUUGGAGAGAACGUCAUUAAGGAGUUCCUGUUUAAUGACUACAAAGUAAAGGAAACAGCCAUUGAUUACAUAAAACGUUUCCAGCCCAGGCCCAAUGGACAGCGAAAAAUAGGAAAGGCCAUAGAUUAUGUUCACACUCAUUUUCUAAACACGGCAUCUGGCAGCAGAAUUGCUAAAGGCUACAAGCAGUAUCUGCUGGUACUGAGAACAGGGGAAUCUGACGACUCUGCUCUGAGGGCCAUACGGACUAUGAAGGCUGAGGAUGUGACCGUUAUUGAUAUCAGAUUGGAUAUUAAUUUACCCUACCUGACACCUACACUACGCACUUUCAAGGUUGAUCAGAAUAUCAAUCAGAUUGCAACAGAUAUCAUAAAACUAAUUCAGCAACCAGAAGUUUUCAAUGUUAUAGGAGAUUGUUCAUCAGCAGUAGUGGCAGACAUUGUGUUUAUUGUGGACGAAUCAGGUAGUAUCACCAGUAGCAACUUUGAACAAGUAAAACGUUUCAUCCACCGCACAAUAAGUGGUCUUGAGGUGAACUCUGACAGUGUGAGGGUGGGAAUGAUUCUUUACAGCGACAAACCCAGUGUCGAAUUCUACUUGAACGAUUUCGUUAACAAAACUGAAAUUCUGAACUAUAUUAAAAUCAUACCAUACAGAGGUGGAGGAACUGCAACCGGUGCGGCUUUGACGUUUGCCAUGAACAAACUCUUUACUGCGAGGAGGGGCAGCAGGAAAGCUCUCGGUGUUAAGCAGAUCGCUAUCGUCAUCACUGAUGGUCAGUCACAAGAUGAUGUCACCGCCCCAGCUGCCCAGUUGAGGCGCUCGGGAGUCACCGUAUAUGCCCUCGGGGUGAAGGAUGCUAGUGAGAAGGAGCUCAAAAGAAUAGGCUCUUACCCCGAACGGCAGUUUGUGUUCAAUGUGGAUAGUUUUCUAAUGCUUACUUCGCUGGAGAAAAGCCUCAGAAAGAGCCUUUGUAAGGUUGUGGUUAAUAGAGGUUUUGACAAGAACAAUAAAUUCAUCCUAAAACAAGCAUGUGUGAAUACAGAUGAAGCCGAUAUUUAUUUCCUUUUGGACCACUCAAGCAAAACUCGUGCCGACUUUGAAGACGUGAAGACAUUUAUCCUAAGCUUCCUGAAACUUUUCAACAUUGGACCCAAUCAAGUUCGUGUGGGAGUUGUGAAUGUCAACCAUGCUCCGACUACACAGUUCAGACUGACGGAGCACAAAAACAGAACCUCGUUAGAAGCGGCAGUGAAGAAAAUCAAUCAGCCCUAUGGAGGCAAAGAGAAAGGCAAAGCACUAAGUUAUAUGGCCGAUCUCUUUGGUCAGGCUAGAACAUCCCGUUUGGCGGUGCAGAAGAUUCUCAUUGUCAUUACUGAUAAGGAAUCCCAAGAUGAGGUCAGGGAACCAGCGGAAGAGUUAAGGAUUCAAGGUGUUUCAGUCUAUGCCAUUGGAUUAAGGGAUGCCGUCCAGGCUGAGCUUCUGAGAAUGACGGCUGACCUGACUAAGCAGUUCUAUGUGACCAACUAUGAUGCUCUGAAUGCCCUCAAGAAUGAAAUUAUGCCAGUUAUUUGUUCACAAAAGGCCUGCAAGAACAAAGUGGCAGAUAUCAUGUUUUUGAUCGAUGGCUCUUCUAGCAUUUACAGUCUUAACUUUACAUCAAUGAUGACGUUUAUUACCAAAGUCGUAAAUGGUACCGUCAUUGGAGAAGAUACUGUUCGUAUUGGGGUGGUCCAGUUCAGCGAUAAUCCAAGGCUGGAGUUUCCACUGAAUAGGUUCUACAACCAAGAUGAAGUAGAGAAAGCGCUCAGCAGGAUUAAGCAGCAAAUGGGAAACACGUACACAGGAAAAGCACUCUCAUUCAUUUCAAGAUAUUUUGACAAAUCAAACGGUGGUCGGCCUCAUGUUCCACAGUUCCUUAUAGUUAUUACUGAUGGGGAAGCUCAUGAUGCUGUCGCUGCACCAGCAAAGGCCAUCAGAAACAAGGGUGUGACCAUUUUCUCAAUAGGUGUGGGCCAUGUAAACACCACACAGCUCUGGGAGAUCAGUGGAACUCGAGAAAAAGUGUACGUUGAGAGGGAUUUUGAUGCACUUCAGUCCAUUGACAAAAACCUCCAAUUCAAGAUCUGCAACCCUCAAACAGAUUGUCCAAGUAAGCAGUUGGCUGAUGUGAUCUUCCUGGUGCAGUGCACCCGACGGAUUCGUAAUCAAGACUUUGAAAACAUUAUAGACUUUUUAAUCUCUGUGGUGAACAGCACACAGAUUGGGGAAAAUCUAAUUCAAAUUGGCGUUAUUGUUCACUCGGGCAAUCCAACUCAAUUCACUUUAAAACAGUACAAAAAUAAACGUCAGGUAGUUGAGGCCAUAAAAAACUUGAUGAUCCCAACUGGAAACGACAACACCGCUAAGGCUCUUGGAUACUCACUCGAUUACUUCAAAGAAGAGAAUGGUGGGCGUCAGAAACGGAACAUCCCCCAAAUGCUAUUCCUGGUUACGGAUGGUAAUGCUAGAGACAGAGAGAAUUUACGCGCACGUGCUAAGGAGUUUGAGGCGAAACAUAUAAAUGUGUAUGGAAUUGGAGUGUCUAGAGCUCAAGAAAGUGAGCUGGAGAUCAUUACCAGGAACAAAAACAAAGUCUUCCAUGUUGAUAAUUACGAGGGACUUAAAGGACUGCGGAAGAACAUCUCCAGUGUCCUUUGCAAUGCAACCAAACCAGAAUGCCAGAUGGAGAUAGCCGACCUGGUGUUUCUCAUUGACGGAUCUGUAAGCAUCGAGGAAAAGCAAUGGGAAAUUAUGAUUAAUUUCUUGCUAAGCCUUGUGGACAAGCUCCGUGUUUCUCCAGAACUUAUCAGAAUUGGUGUAGCCCAGUUCAGCACCUCAUAUAAGAAGGAAUUCUACUUAAAUGAGCAUAAAGAUGUGGAGGGUGUGAAAUCAGCAAUUCGAAAUAUCACGCAGAUGAAACAUGAGACAGAAAUCGGAAGAGCUCUGAAAGGAGUUAAGGAAUUCUUCAAGGCAGACAAAGGGAGUCGCGCAGAGCGUGGCAUACCCCAAAAUCUUGUACUUAUUACUGAUGGUAAAUCUUUAGACAGUGUGAAAAAACCGGCCGAUGAUCUCCGACAACUUCAUAUUAACAUAUUUGUUAUUGGAAUUGGGAAAGUCUCAAAGCAACAGCUUAAUUACAUUGCCGGGUCACCGGACAGGAAAUUCGAAGUGAAGAACUUCACCAACCUGAAUCUGAUAACAGCAACAUUUGUUGAUGCUCUUUGUGUUCCUCAACCCUUAGUAGAUCCAAGUUGUAGUAUUGACAUUGGCAUCGGAUUUGAUAACUCACGCACCAGUUCAAGUUCUCUGUCAAUCUUUAGAGACCAGAAAAAGCUUCAGUUGUACCUGCCUGAGAUCAUCCGGUAUGUUUCAGUUGUGCACAACCUGUGUUGUAUAAGCAACCCAACCCUCAGUACCAAUGUAGGCUUCCGACUGGUCAAAGCUGAUGGAAAGCUGCUGAAUGAUAUUUCCUUCGAAGAAUAUGAUGAACGCGUGGUACAAAAAGUUAUGAAAUUUGAGACUUCAGACUCUCUGAAAUUCGACACAAAGCUUCUGGACUCGUUUAAGGAGAAGUUCAAUUAUUCAAAUGCAUAUGUAAAGGUGCUCAUCAUCUUUACAGACGGAUUGGAUGAGCCUGUUGAGAACCUUCUGCCUGCCGUCGAAAGCCUCAGGACCAGUGGAGUAAAAGCGUUGAUGAUCGUGGCGCUUGAAGGAUUUAAAAACUCUGCUGACCUGCAGAGGCUGGAGUUCGGUCGAGGGAUGCACUACAAGCAGCUUCUCUCUAUCGGCAUGCAGAAUGUGGCCAGUGUCAUGCAGAAGCAGAUUGAUACAGUUGCUUCAAGGGAGUGCUGUAAUGUGAUGUGUAAAUGCACUGGUGAUGAGGGAACACGUGGAGAUUAUGGUCAACGAGGGAUAAAGGGGAAUCCUGGGCUGAAAGGACUUCCUGGUUUCCCUGGAGAAGAAGGAGGGGCUGGUAAUAGAGGGCCUCCUGGGUUGAACGGAACUCGAGGACAUCAGGGAUGCAUUGGAAGAAGAGGCAUAAAGGGUGGCAGAGGCUACAGAGGCGAUAACGGAGAUGAUGGAGAAGAUGGUUUAGAUGGGAUAAAUGGUGAACAGGGUACAACGGGAGCAUCAGGAAACCCAGGAGAGCGAGGAGAUCCAGGCAGCUCAGGUACAAGAGGCAUCAGAGGAAACCCUGGAAACCCAGGACAGCGAGGCAUAAGAGGAGAUCCGGGAAGUCCAGGAUUAGACAACAACUCCCGUGGUCCUAAGGGUGACUUCGGCAGCCAAGGCAUUCCGGGUGAACCAGGAUCAGACGGUCUUCCUGGCCUACUUGGUGAUGGUGGCAGACCAGGUCCUGAUGGCAGAAGAGGCUCAGCGGGUCAGCUGGGUGGUAGGGGGCCUCCAGGAACAGCAGGACUACAAGGACUCCCUGGGGCCACAGGUCCAUUGGGGGCUCGUGGUCCACCUGGUCCAGGUGGGCAGAAAGGUUAUAUUGGUCUACCUGGACCUCAGGGAUCUCCUGGCUCUCCAGGAAGGCCAGGAUCUAAAGGAAGCUCUGGGUCCAGGGGACAGAAGGGCCAGCCAGGUGAUCCUGGAGAUAAAGGAACUUUCGGACCUCCAGGCCCCAGAGGACUGCCGGGAAAAGAUGGUGCAGAUGGCUAUGGAUUCCAAGGACCCAAAGGACAGAAGGGAGAUUCUGGUUUCCCAGGUUAUACUGGACUUCAGGGAGAACAAGGUUUUAAAGGAGGAAAAGGAGGUGGUGGUCUUAAAGGCAACACAGGAAGAGGGGGCAAUGCUGGAAGGCCAGGACAACGUGGAGAUCCUGGCAGCGAAGGUGUGAAUGGACACAAGGGACCAAAAGGAACACGCGGAGCCAGACAGAUUUCUGACUGCAAACUGAUCUCAUAUGUCCGAGACAACUGUGUUUGCUGCAGAGAUAACAUAAAAUGCCCUGCCUACCCCACUGAUCUUGUGAUUGGCUUGGACAUGUCUGAAGAUGUUCUUCCUCAAGGCUUUGAGCGCAUGCGUUCUGUAGUUCUUAGACUGCUGGACAAUCUCAAAAUUGCAGAGAGCAGCUGCCCGACGGGGGCUCGGGUGGCUGUGGUCUCCUACAGCUCACACACCAAAUACCUGAUCCGCUUCAACGACUAUCAACGCAAGAAGCAGCUUAUUCAAGCGGUGAAUAACAUCGCCCUGGAACGCACUUCAAAUAGGCGUAACAUUGGCGCUGCCAUGCGUUUUGUGGGCAGGAAUGUCCUGAAGCGUGUGCGAAAGGGCGUCCUGAUGAGGAAGGUAGUGAUUUUACUCACCGCUGGAGAAUCUCAGGAUUCGACAUCCCUCACCACAGCCAUUCUAGAGUACAAGGGCCUGAAAAUUAAGCUUGGGGUCAUCUCACUAAGGAAUGUCCCUAUUAUUAAAAGAGCUUUUGAGGCAGAUGAAACCCAGAGUUUUAUCUUGACUGUGCUGGGCAGAUUGCAAGACCAGAAUACAACUCUCAGUAAGAUCCAGAGUUGUGUUAUUUGCUUUGAUCCCUGUAAACCAGCUAGAGAAUGUACUGGCACCAACCUCCCAUCAUCUCCUCAGGAGUUAGACAUGGACUUAGCGGUGAUUGUGGACGGCUCCCGUAGCAUCCUUUCUGACGAGUACGAGGGUGUGAAGGAGGUGCUCGGCCGUGUGCUCGAUCAGAUUGUUGUGAGCAGUCAACCCAACAGCAUCGACAGACAAGCGAGAGUGGCUGUCUACCAGCAGAGCUCCACGUAUGGUGAAGCCCAGUCCGGUGUCAAAGUGAUCUUCAACUUCCAGCAGUUCCCCGAUCGCAGUUUAAUGAAGCGGAGCAUCUACCAGGAGCUACAGCAAACCGGAGGCCAUUCCCGACUGGAUCUGGCAAUGGAAUACGCCAUAAUGAAGGGCAUCCUCUCUGCUCCUAAGGGUCGCAAGAACAAGAUGGUGUUGGUCAUCCUUGGACCAGCUUCGGCAAAUCAGUACAAUGACAAGGUGGAAUUUAUGUCCAAAGUUGCGAAAUGCGAGGGAGUUGUUCUCUUCACACUGACGGUGGGUGAGUUAAUCUCCACAGCUCAGGUGGAGGACCUUGCCAGCUACCCCUCAGAACAGCACCUCAUUCACCUGGGACACUUGAAACAUGGAGAACAUGAGUAUGUGCAGCACUUCAUAAGGACGUUCUUCCACAUUCUGAGCAAAAAUGUGAACUCCUACCCUGAUCCAUCACUCCAGCAGCAGUGUGGUAAUUUACAGCAAGGUUCAGGCCAGUCUUCUGACUACGAGGCGGCACAGAGACCUGUGUACAGUGUUCCUGUGCCGUCCAACAUAUACCCAAAUGUAGCGGUGGAAGUGGAGGAAGAAGAUGCUGGAGAGGAAGAGAUGGAGGAUCAACAGAACUCAGGCCGUGGAGACGCAGGAGUCAAGUUUCCUGUUGACCGCGUUUACAAUCUGUGUCAGCUGAACAGGGACCGUGGCACCAUCUGUGGUGAAUAUGUGCAGCGUUGGUACUAUAAUGAAGCGGUCGGUACAUGUCUACCCUUCUGGUAUGGAGGUUGUGACGGAAACAGCAACCGUUUUAAUUCAGAAAUGGAAUGCCUUCAGAUAUGUGGCAAACAAAAUCCUGAAGUAGUCCUGCAGGCAAAAGAGGAAGAGGAUGAUGUGUGCCUCAUGAAACAGGAUGUGGGGCCCUGCAGUGACUAUGCUUUAAGCUGGUACUAUGACAUGCAGCAGAAUGAAUGCAUUCACUUCUGGUUUGGAGGAUGUGGAGGAAACAAAAACAGGUUUAAUACGCAGAAGGAAUGUGAAGCUCUUUGCAUGAAAUACAUUUAGCCAGGAUGACUUUCCAAAUGACACUUUUGAGCAAAGUCUUUCUUCAACCUCAUAUUUAGCAAUGUCUUAUUUUUCCUCUGUGAUCCAGAUUAUAUUUAUGCAGGUUUACAACAAAAUGCAUAUAAUUAUCUGGCACCGCAACGCAAUAGCAAAUAAGUAUAUUUUUUAUGUUUGUUGUACUUUUUCGGUCAGCUAAGUAUGAAAGCUCUCCUGUUUCCGUCAAGAGAUUAAAAAAAAAGGUUUUUAAUCUCACAAUUCUUACUUUUUUCUCUUGCACUUCUAACAAUUGUGGUUUUCCUGGAAAUCUUGAAAAAAAAGUUGAAAUUUUUAACCUGUUUUUUAUCUUGCAGUUUAGAAUUUUUUCUCAAAAUUGGGAAAAAGUUUGAAAAGUCUGAAAAAACCAAAAAAACAAUUAAAAUGUAAAAAAGUUUAGAAACUUCUACAAGUCACGUUGGCUCUGAUAGCCAUGUAGGCAGUGCGCCAACAUAUAGCACUGUUGAGCUGCAGCAUCCCAAGUUUGAAUUCUGACUUGAGGAGCUUUCCCUGAUCCCUCCUCCAUCUCUCUCUUCCACUUUCCUUCCUGUCAAUUCUGAUCUGUCAUAUCAUAAUUCAAAAAUGCCAGUCUUAAAAACUUCUGUAAGUCACAUUGUGUGUAGAUUAAAAUGUCAGUGUUUCAGUGAAGAUGCUCUGUGGCAGCACUAGUUAUGUGCAAUAUUUUUCGAUAAAAAUUGUUUUCAAUAAUUACAGUUUUACUUCUGUAAUCUGACUUGUUUUUCCAUUAAAAAAAAAAAAAAAGUACAGUUGGAC